AUGCCACUCGUCAGAACCGAUUCGAUGCAGGACAUCGACUUCACACUACGGCGCCAGUUUGGCAAGAAAUCAUUCAGACCACAGCAACGAGAAAUCAUCAACGCCACUCUCGAAGGCAAAGACGUCUUCGUCCAGGCAGCCACCUCCUUCGGCAAGAGCUUAUGCUUCCAACUUCCAGCCGUCAUCGACCACGGGAUAACAAUCGUCAUCUCCCCCCUCCUCUCCCUCAUGAUGGACCAAGUCAAAGCCCUCCGCAACUCCAACAUCGACGCCCGCACCCUAAACUCCAACACCCCCUUCGCCGAACGCGACCACAUCAUGAAAGACCUCGGCACCGGCCACCCCCUAACUCGUCUCCUCUACGUCACCCCCGAGCUCUGCUCCGGCCCCUACUUCCGCGAGCGUCUCGAGCUCGUCCACCGACAAAAAGAACUCGCCCGCAUCGCCGUCGACGAAGCCCACUGCAUCUCGGAAUGGGGCCACGACUUCCGCAAGGACUUUAAACGCCUCUCCUGGUUCAGGGAGCGCUUCCCAGACGUGCCCAUCAUGUGCCUUACCGCGACAGCAAACGAGCAAGUCCGCAAUGACAUCCUCACCACCCUCGGCAUCAACGGACCUAACCUCAAGGCGUUUACCAUGUCGGCGUUUCGUCCCAACUUGCAUCUCGAGGUGAGGUUCACGAGCGAUCAGACAGACGACAGGUACGACGACUUUGUCUCGUGGCUCAAGGGGGUGUACGAGCGCAGGGGGAAACCGGAUCGGAAACCGGAGCUGGACGAGAUGGGGGAGCGGGUGGAGAACGUCUCGGGGAUUAUUUACACCACUUCGAGGGACGAGUGCGAGUCGCUUGCUGCUUCGCUGAGGUCGCAUGACAUUGCCGCCAGGCCGUUUCAUGCCAAGCUUGCGAAUCAGGACAAGGAGCGGACGUUGCAAAAGUGGAUAAGGAAUGAGGUCGGCUAUGAUAUUAUUGUGGCUACGACUGCUUUUGGGAUGGGGAUAGAUAAAGAUGAUGUCCGGUUUGUGGUUCACUGGAGGCUUCCGAAAUCUUUUGAGGGGUAUUAUCAGGAGGCGGGGAGGGCGGGGAGGGACGGGAAGGCGAGUUACUGCUUUUUGUAUUAUUCUAGGGAGGAUAGGGAUCGGGUUUGUGGGAUGAUUGUCAAGGACAAUACGUCGGGGGAUAGGAGGGAUAAGGGGGGGGAGGCGAACAAGCGGGCGAGGAUGGAGAGUCAUGAGGCUUUGGUGAGGUAUUGUGAGGAUACGGGGGGGUGUAGGCAUGCGGCGAUUACCAAGUAUUUUGGGGAGAAGGAGGUGCCAAAGUGUGAUUUUGCCUGUGAUUGGCAUAAGGAUCGGGAGGGCCUGAAGAGGAGGUGGAGGGAGGGGUUGGCAAGUGAAGAGUGGGUUUGUACGCAGAGGGAGGAGGGGGCUUUUGAGGAUUAUUAUUACAGUGAGUAG